UCUGUGUAGUGCCAGCUAACGGUUCUUAGUCUAAUAGUUCCAGACCACGUGUCCUGUGCAAGCAAUCCUGUUCCUAUAGCAUAUUGAGUUAACCCUCAUCUCCGGCUUGCCGAUCAAGAUGUCGCUGUUGUGUCACCGUGAAGUUACGCCAACUUUAUUACUGUGUAUUUUGUUCGUUGGAGGUGGGCAUGGAGCAGGAUGUCCGAACAAGUACACAAUACCUGUAAACGCUGAGGUGGACGAUGUCCUAGAGUUUCUUCGGGCGCCUACACCGAUCCGAAGAAUGAUUAAUAGCGUGAACUUGCCAAUCACAGUGAUCGAGGACCAGUUGAACAUUACAAGCAAGACCCUAUCUGGCCUGUCCAAUGUACACCGAUCCGGCGACGCUUCGUUAACUGUUGCCAACCGUUCGCUCGUUAUCAACGUAACGGUAACGGUGCGUGAUGUGGUCAUGGAUGGCGUUUGGUGGACCAACUUGUUUGGUACAAACUCUACUGGAAUCAUUGACUUCAUAUUCGACACAAUUAAGAUACAAGCUGUGUUUUCUUUUGAGAUGUUCAAUGUUACCCUGAUUGACUUCAACGUACGCUCCAUUGGAAACAUCGAUUGUAUGAGAUUUAGUGGUGCUCCAUAUGUCAUCACGAGAGUAGCCGAACGGAUAAUUAAUACAGAAAAAGUUAAAAAUGACAUUGCGAGAGCCAUUGAGAAACGGGUGAAAACUUUAAGCGAGUCGGAACAAUAUUUCCAGCGGCUUUCGUAUUGGUAUAACUUUCUACACUAAUCGAUGUUAACGCUCGUCUUUAACUUUUUUUCCGAUCUUUUUUUUUUUGUCGAAACGUUCUGAUCCAGUUUGAUUAUAUGUGAAUAAAAGAAACAGGUGGUAAAAAAGUUGA